AUGGGUAAUAUAUUGAUACUAUUGUAUAUUUUUUGGACUAGUUUUUCAAGAUUUCUACAAUGCCCCGACUUAUGCGUUCCUCAAGGAAGAAAAAGCUAAAACAAAUACAACUAGUUAUUUCAAUGGUUAUUAUUAUUUUGAUGAUGUAUUGGAUGUGGCAUAUGAUGUGUGUUGUUACAAUAAAGGGUGUUCAAUUGAAAGAAAGAAAAAGAAACAAAAAGUUGCUACGAAUGUUAGUUUUGAGAGGGCUUUAUAAAGAGAGUGAUGUGAAAUGCAAGAGUGAGCUUCGCGUUAAUAGAAGAACUUUCAAUAUUAUUUGUGAGAUGCUUAGAGACAUUGGUGGUUUGAGUGGAACAAAAAACAUGUCACUUCAAGAGAUCGUAGCCAUGUUUUUAUACACGUUGGCUCACCACAAGAAGAAUAGGUCUAUUGGACAAUAUUUCUUUAGAAGUGGAGAAACCGUGAGCCGACAAUUUCACCUUUGUCUAAGGGCUCUUCUCAAAUUACACGAAGUAUUACUUUACAAUCCCACACCAAUAUUAGAUGAUUGUGAAGAUGAAAGGUGGAAAUUUUUCAAGGUAUUGGUCUUUUUUAAGCCCCUAAGUUUUUCUAGGAUUUUCUUAUUUUUGAUUGUAUGUAAGUAAUAUUUUUUCUUAUUUUUGUAGAAUUGUUUAGGGGCAUUAGAUGGGACUUACAUUAAUGUAAAUGUGCCUUCACAAGAACGACCAAAAUAUAGAACAAGAAAAGGAACAAUUGCUAUGAAUGUAUUGGGUGUUUGUGCACCCAAUUUGCAAUUUAUUUAUGUUCUUCCUGGUUGGGAAGGUUCGGCCCAUGAUAUGCGUGUACUUUGCAAUGCUCUCUCUAGACCAAACGGUUUUAGGGUACCUCGAGGUAAGUGAAGCUCAUUCUUUUGUGAGUGUAUAAGUUUUGUUAGUUUUGGUAGGUAGUAAUCCUUUCCUUUAAUAACUUUGAAGGUAAUUAUUAUUUGGUUGAUGCGGGAUAUACGAAUUGUGAGGGUUUUCUUGCUCCAUAUAGAGGUCAAAGAUACCAUUUAAAAGAAUGGACGGAUCGACAACCCGAAAGUGCCGAGGAGUUCUAUAACAUGAAACAUGCUAGGGCGCGAAAUGUGAUUGAGAGAUGUUUUGGCCUACUUAAAGGAAGAUGGAGUAUUCUUAGAAGUCCUUCAUUUUUCCCUAUAAGAACUCAUGGACGUAUCGUGAUGGCUUGUUGCUUAUUGCAUAAUCUAAUUAGAAAAUUCAUGCCUACGGAUGAUAUAAACGAAGAUGAAUUGAAUGAAUCCGAUGAUGAUUCCGAAAGUGAUUCCGAUGAUGAAAGGGAAUUUAUUACAAGUGUUGCUACUUCGGAUCAUUGGACCAAUUUUAGAAACAAAUUAGCCCAAGAUAUGUUUAAUGAUUGGAGGGCGAGAGGUAGACAUGGUCAAUAGCAAAAAAUGAUGGAGGCUAGCAAUCGAGGAAGAGGUAAAAAUAAAAGGUAUUGGACGUAUGAAGAAGAUGCGGUUCUAAUAAGAUAUUUGCAUGAGUUGAGUUGCGAUCCGAAGUGGAAGUGUGAUAAUGGGUUUAAGAAUGGUUACAUGAAUAAGUUGGAAGAGAUGAUCAAUGGUGUACUUCCUAAUUGUGGCUUGAGAGCAGUUCCCCACAUUGAGUCGAGGAUCAAGCAUUGGUCGGAGAAAUAUAGUGCAUUUGCAGAAAUGCUAUCCACCUAGGGAUUUGGAUGGGAUGCUGAGAAGAAAUUGUUGCAAGUAGACAAGGUCGUGUACGAUGAAUGGGUGAAGACUCAUAAGAAAGCUAAAGGGUUGUUUGGAGUUCCAUUCAUUCACUAUGAAACUCUUGCGGAGAUAUACGCAAAAGACAAAGCUACCGGAGAUGCAAGUGAGUCGUUUGUUGAUGCUAUAGAAGAAAUGGGUCAAGAGAUUGAUAAGCAACCAUUCAAUGUCGAGAGUGAUGAAGAAGAUGAUGUGAAUUCUACUCAUUCGGACACUUAUUCUUCUACAAGUCAAUCCGGAAAACGCCCCAUGAAGAUAGAGGAUGAUCAUAUAACUCCUUCAAAAAUGGCAAAAGUGAAGGCUUCUACAAUUCAUUCUUCCGCAAGUGAUUCUACUACUCAAUCCGGAAAACCCUCUAUAAAGGCGAAGGAGACUAAGGUGAAAGGAAAGAACAAGGUAAAUUUGAAGAGUUUGUGUAGGAAUGAUGAUGAUGAUUUGGUGGCCUCCCUCCAUGAUUGUUCCAACAAUUUUGGGAAGAUAUUUGAAAAUAUCAAUGUUAAUCUCGGGACUAUGGCUAGUGCAUGGUCUAAAGCGGAAGAAAGGGAGCAAAGAAUGGAUGAAAAGGUGAACAAGGUAUUGGACGAGGUGAUGAAGUUAGAUGGCAUUUCUCCAUCCGAAGCUUUAGAGGUUGCUACUAUUCUCAUGGCGGAAGAACAUAAGCUUCGCAUCUUCUAUCAAGCACCAUUUAAUAUGAAAAAACAAUAUGCAAUUGAUCUUCUUAAGAAGAAGUAGCAACUUGAGCAAUGUCUUUGUUUUUUUGUUGAACAUAUGCAACUUGAGCAAUAUAGGUUAUUUUAUUAUUAGUCAAUGUUUGGAUAAUUAAUGAGUGUCAACUUUGCUAUAUAUAUAUAUAUGCAAUACAGGUUAUUUUAUUUUUUUUUUAUCUUUUUUUUACCAUAAAAAAAUGUAGCAUAGACAAUAUUAUAUUAUUCAUUCUUAUUUUUCAUUUCCGUUUGUUAUACCAAACAAGAGGAAAUGGAAUGGAA